UGUGCCCAGCCCAGUGCACAGCAUUCUGAUACAACCGCAUCACGAGCCGGCCCUAGCAGCUCGGGACGGACAUUCGUAGCAGCCGUGCAUAGGUUAAAACCGGCCCCACGGAUUCACAUGACGAACGGUCGACCUGGACUUCCGGCAUAGGCAUAGGAGGCAGGCGUCGUAUGCACGGCCACUGACCGCGUGUCUGGGCCGGGCGCGCCAGCAUCGAAUCGCCUCUUCUGAGGAAUUCCCUGUCGCCGCCACAUGUAACGCCAGUCACUGUAAAAGUUUCUUGUUCCGGCUCCACGUGAACCCCUCGACCCCGUAGACGACGCUAGCCGGUUCACAUGCGGCUCACAGGCGUCAAUGCACGGCACAUCACACACGCCCGAGAGAGCCAUGUCCAUCUCUUCGUGAAUUUAUCGCCCCAAUCAGUUCAUCAAUAGGAGCAGCCACCCGUGCUGAAUGCUCUGAAAUCUGAAUGCCACUACCAAGCCGCACACAGAGAGUACGCAUUCGUAGGCACCGGCUAAGCCAAAAAAAAACUACUCUAGUAGUAGUAAUAACAGUAGUACGUGGAGAAAGGCCAAGUGUCUUGCGCGGGCGGGCGACGGAUCGGCAUCGAGCACCCCUCCGGCCGCGCUUGCUUGGCAAGCUCGAUCUCCUCCCGUGCGGGUGCGGCCUACCUAGGUGAGGUGAGCGCGGCCAGCAAGCAAAGCGGGCGCGGGCGCGGGCGCGGGCGCGGGCGCGACGGAUAUCAUAAUCUUUUGGCCCCGUCGCCGUCGCGGGGGGUGUUGCUGUUGCCCGCCCUCCCACUAUAAAUUCGGGCGGGAGGCCACGCAAAGAUCGUUGGUGCGGAUGUCCAGCUCCCGGCGGAACAGAGCAGCGCGGCACAAGUGUGAGCGUGGACUGGACCAUCAUCUACCUCUUCUGCUUCUCUUCUGCUUCUUCUUCCUCCACCUACUGCCGCUCUUGAGCAAGUGCCUUGGUCUCUGCAGGAGAGCACGAACUGCUGACCGACGGUGAAGCCUGGUACGAUGAAGAAGCUGGUGUUCUUGCUCUUAUGGGCUGCUGCUCUAAUGGAAGGUUCCAUGGUGAAGUCUCUCCCGUACGAUUCUUCAGCAAGCGUCGAGUGCUUGGUUGAGCCGAUGGAGCCUCACUACGGCGGCGGGGUCAUCGUCAACCCGGACUUCAACGCCGGCCUCCGCGGUUGGUCGGCCUUCGGGUACGGCAGCGUCGCCGAGGGCGCGUCGGUGGCCACGGGGAACCGGUACGCCGUGGCGGGCAACCGGACGCGGCCGUACCACAGCGUCAGCCAGAAGGUGUACCUGCAGAACGACACGCACUACACACUGUCAGCGUGGUUGCAGGUGAGCCAUGGUGUCGCCGCCGACGUGUGGGCCGUUGUCAAGACCGCCGAUGACUUCAUCCACGUCGGCGGCGCCGUGGCCAAGCCCGGGUGCUGGUCCAUGCUCAAGGGCGGGUUCACCGCCGCCAAUGCCGGACGCGCCGAGAUCUACUUCGAGAGCAACGCGACGGUGGACAUAUGGGUGGACAGCGUGUCGCUGAAGCCGUUCAGCAAGGAGGAGUGGGCGGCGCACCGGACGGAGUCGACCCGCGCCGUGCGGAGGAAGAUGGUGAGGCUCCAGGCCAAGGACUCCGGCGGGAACCCGCUGCAGGGCGCGGAGGUGUCGGUGGAGAACGUGCGCAGCAGCUUCCCUCUGGGCGCGGCCAUGAGCCGCGAGAUCCUGACCAACCCGGGGUACCAGCAGUGGUUCACGUCCCGGUUCACGGUGACCACCUUCGAGAACGAGAUGAAGUGGUACAGCACGGAGCCGGCGCCGGGGCGGGAGGACUACACGGUGCCGGACGCGAUGCUGGCGCUGGCGAAGCAGCACGGCAUCGGGGUGCGCGGGCACAACGUGUUCUGGGACGACCCCAAGCAGCAGCCGCGGUGGGUGCAGUCGCUCCCCUACCCGGACCUGCUGGCGGCGGCGUCGCGGCGGAUCCGGUCCUUCGUGUCGCGGUACGCCGGGCAGGUGAUCGCGUGGGACGUGGUGAACGAGAACCUGCACUACUCCUUCUUCGAGCGGCAGUUCGGGUGGGACGCGUCCACGGCCUUCUACGCGGCGGCGCGGCUGCUGGACGCCGGGUCGGCGCUCAUGUUCAUGAACGACUACAACACGCUGGAGCAGCCCGGGGAUAUGGCGGCGGCGCCGGGGAGGUACGUGGACCGGCUGCGGCAGAUCAUCGCGUCCUACCCGGAGAACGGCGCCGGCAUGGCCAUCGGGCUGGAGGGGCACUUCACCACCCCCAACAUCCCCUACAUGCGCGCCGCGCUCGACUCGCUGGCCCAGAUCGGGCUCCCCGUGUGGCUGACGGAGGUGGACGUGGCCGGCGGGCCGUCGCAGGCGCAGCACCUGGAGGAGGUGCUGCGGGAGGCGUACGCGCACCCGGCGGUGCAGGGGGUCAUCCUCUGGUCCGCGUGGCGGCCGCAGGGGUGCUACGUCAUGUGCCUCACCGACAACAACUUCAGGAACCUGCCGCAGGGGGACGUGGUGGACCGGCUGCUCGCCGAGUGGAGGACGGCGGCGCAGACCGGCACCACCGACGAGCAGGGCUACUUCCAGGCGGAGGUCGCGCACGGCGACUACAAGGUCACCGUCAGCCACCCGUCGCUCAACACCUCCGUCUCGCAGAGCGUCACGGUCGACCUCGGCUCCGGGAACCACUUCUUCAUCCAGGCCUAGUAGAAUAAAAAAUGCUUUCGCUAGGUGUAAUGCAGAAAGGUUCCAGAGCAUCAGAGUAGUAUUAUUAUUCAGAAAUUAUUACCACGUGAUAGAACACACUAGCUUAGCCGUUUAUGUACACAUAUUUUACACCGUACAAAAAACAAGAAGGCUGUGGGAAGGGGCGUUUUGGCGCCCGAGCCCAGCUAAUCCCGAUAUCUCUGCCUUCCAUUCCGAGCUCGGGAUGCGGGAAAAGCAGUCUGGCUCGUCUGACGCGGUUUGUGGAAAAUAGGCUGGGAGAUGGAAUACCGUAUGAAACAGUGCGUCGUAUGUGGGCCCUGCGCGUACUUUGGGGACGGGGGAAACGCGGUUAUGGUCUGGGCCGUGGAGCAGGACGUUAGCUUUUUUGCCGAUCCAUGGGUCAGAUAGGAACAGGACAGUUCGAAACCCUCGCCUCGCCCCUGCUCCACUCGUCUUCUGGUGCCCCGGCCGCCUAUCACCACCCCAACAUCCCGGCAGACGGCCCUCCCGUCCCCAACCCCGUUGGUGGCGACCGGUCAGGGUAUUGAUUUUGGCGGCGAGGAUUUUGGCGACGGCUGCCACUGGCUGAGAGGAAUGGAAGAGGCAGGCAUUGAGUUUCUCCUGGAUGCAGUUGACAGGUUCCCACUUCUUGAGGAGUUCGCUGAAAGCCGAGAGCACCCAGAUCCGCUUCCUCUGGUUGUGGUGGUGAACUGCGGAGCAGGGGUUGUUGUCCCUGCAGAUUCCGAUGCUGAUUUUGAUUGUGGGUAGCAGAUUGGAUACGAGGGCAGCAAUCCUAUGCUUGCUGGGGUUCGACGACAACCGGAUUCAUCCCCAACGAGGUCUGCAUAGUCUACUGACAGAGUCAAUCCCCAGGCCUCUGGCUGGAUAAAAAGACCAGAACAGAGCCAUGGAAGUGACAAUCAAGAAGGUGUACCCAGGGUCAGGGACUGCACAGGUGGUGCAAAUGGCAAGUCUUGAAGAAAGCAAAGGAGACAUUAGGACUGAUGUAUACAAAGAAUUCUGAUUUCCAGGUUGAAUUCCACAAGGUUGUGAACCACAUGUUAACAGAAGAUGAGUUUGAGGCGGCGUGGAAUACGCUGUUAGAUAAAUACAAUUUGAGUAAGCACACCUACAUGACACAGCUGUAUGAAAUCAAAGAAAAAUGGGCAAAACCUUACUUCAAAGGAGAACGAAUUUGGCGACAGAGCAACAUGCCAGUAAGAUAUACACCAGGGCAAUGUUUAAGUAGUUCGGACGUCUACUGAUUGAAGCGACUGCUUAUAAAAUGUCACAGAAAUAGAGAGGAUGAGGAGGUAUGUUACAGUUCACAACAUUGUAGCAAAAGAGAGAAAUGGAGCAGGGUUGAGUAUGAAGUGACCAUAAAUGAGGACCAAAACAAGUUUUCAUGUGAGUGUGGCCAGUUCGAGCACACUCGUAUGCUGUGCAGCCAUGUUCUGAGGGUCAUGGAAAUACUUUAUCUCGAGGACAUACGUGCAAAGCAUAUAUUGAAACGGUUGACAAAGGACGCGAGGGACAUACUGCACCAACAUCUGGUUCAGUACCAAAGGGACAACUCAGUUAACCUGUCGUUUACUUGUAGGCACUCGACGCUUUACCCGAAAGCCAUGGAGGUGGUAAGGAUGCGUGAUGCGAGUGCAGCAGCUUUUGAUCAUGUGUUCGCCGGUCUGGACGCUCUACUGUUGAGUGGCGCACCUUUCGCAGAAAAGCGGGAUGGUUACGGUUUUGAGGACCACAUGGCUGGCUUAACUCCUGGUACAUUACCAGGCAAUGGAGAGAUCGCAUAUGUUGGGGACAAGGGUGCUGAUAGAUGCAUCAGUACUAGAAACUCUAUUAGGGCGAAUGGUUUGCAUUGUCUAACAGUACUAGAGAAGCAGAGGGGGGUUGGAAGACCUACAAACAACAGUGAGAAGGCGCCGUACAAGGGGCUCAGUAAGCGCACAAGAUUCUGCAGCAUUUGCCGGCGCGGGAGUCACAACAGACUACAUACCCCGAAAGAGGGAAUGCCCCAAAGAAACCACUUAAGCUCGGGAGAUGCAGGAAUUGUCGAAUGGAAGGGACCGGCGGACAACGCGCACAAGACCUUUGGAUGCUGCUGAAAAAUGAAGUCUGAACUUUAUGUGCGUAAAUUAUAUUAUUGUUGUUCCGAGGAUUUUCUAGUGUGUUUCUGUGAGCAUUGCUCCAUGCUUGUUCCUCAAUUUCGAGACGGAGUGGUAAUUGCUGUAGUUAAGAACAAAACUUUGUAUCAUGGUAAUUUGUAAUAUGAUGGUUGGCUAAGUACUGA